GCUCUGAAGCGAGUCAGUGUUCGUUAGAAGUUUGGUCAUGUCUGGUCUGCUGGGUAUCCGGCUGCUGCUGCUGCUGUGGGGCUGCGGCUGCCUCUGGCUCACCAGCCCAACAUCUGGAACGCUGGUCAUCUUUGAGGACACUGAAGCUCCAGAGGAAAUGUCAGGAACUCCAAAAUUGCUUCAGAAAAGAAGCACAAAUGAGGCAACGGUGGAGGUGCACAGUGUGACAGUGGAUUGCACGGUGACGUCCCGCUUCGCCCACACCGUCAUGACCUCGGUAGCUCUAAACAAAGCCAACACAUCAAAGGAAAUCUUUUUUGAAGUGGAGCUCCCUAAGUCUGCCUUUAUAACAAAUUUCAGCAUGGAAAUUGAAGAGAAGGUGUAUGUCGGAGUGGUGAAGGAAAAGGAAAAAGCUAAGAAACAAUACCAGAAAGCUGUAUCGUCUGGACAGACAGCGGGUUUGGUCAAGGCUUCUGGGAGGAAGAUGGAGAAGUUUUCCGUGUCCGUUAGCAUUGCAGCUGAAAGCAACGUGACUUUUGUUCUGACUUAUGAGGAGCUCCUUCAGAGGAAAUUGGGCCAGUAUGAGAUUCUGAUCCGAGUUAAACCCAAAAGUCUGGUUCAGCAGUUCCAGAUUUUGACAAACAUCUAUGAGCCUCAGGGCCUGUCUUACGUUGAUGCACAUGCUACUUUCCUCUCCAACGAACUGCUCCCUCUGGUGGAGAAAACAGUCAGUGACAAAAAGGCCCAGAUUUCUUUCUCCCCAACUCUGGAGCAGCAGAGAAAGUGCCCAGGUUGUGAUGGAACACUGAUUGAUGGCGAUUUCAUUGUUAAGUAUGAUGUGAACAGACAGCAGGGCCUUGGAGAGAUUCAGAUUGUAAAUGGCCACUUUGUGCACUUCUUUGCACCCCCUGACCUGCCCAGAGUGCCAAAGAAUGUUGUGUUUGUAAUCGACAGGAGCGGGUCGAUGUAUGGCAGAAAGAUGGCACAGACACGUGAGGCAUUGCUGAAAAUUCUGCCGGAUCUUCACGAAGAGGACUACUUUGCUCUCAUCCAGUUCGACACCAGUAUUUUAUCUUGGAAGGACUCUCUUACUAAAGCAACUAAGGAAAAUGUGGCCGCAGCAAUGAACUAUGUCAAAACUAUCGUAGACAAUGGAGGUACUGAUAUCAAUGCUGCAAUGCUACAAGCAAUAAAUAUGCUGGUCAAAGACAGACAGGGGAACUUGUUACCUGAGAGAAGCAUCGAUAUGAUAAUUUUACUGACUGAUGGAAUGCCAAAUUCUGGAGUGUCUGACAUCUCAACAAUUCAGGAGAAUGUGCGUUCCGCCACCGGGGGAAACAUGUCUCUGUUCUGUCUCGGAUUCGGAAAUGAUGUCGACUACAACUUCCUGGACGUGAUGAGCAAACAGAACAAAGGAUUGGCUCGCAGAAUCUUCGAAGCUUCAGAUGCGGCACUUCAGCUCCAGGGAUUCUACGAUGAAGUGUCCAGCCCGCUGCUCUUAGAAAUAGACCUGCAAUAUCCAGACAAUGCAGUGGAUUAUGUAACCACCAGUCACUUCCCUCAGUUGUUCAAUGGCUCCGAGAUUGUGGUGGCUGGUCGGCUGAUGGACAACGACCUAGACAACUUCCUGGUGGAAGUCGUUGGCCAGGGAUUUGAAGAAAAAUUCAACGUGCAAGGUCAGGCCACUGUGGUUGACUGGAAUGUGAUGUACCCCGAUGAGAGUUACAUUUUUGGCGAUUUCACUGAGCGUCUUUGGGCUUACCUUACCAUCCAGCAGUUACUGCAGAAGAGUGAGUCUGGGGCAUCAGAUGAAAAGGCCAACGCCACAGCCAAGGCCCUGGAAAUGUCCCUGCAGUACAGCUUUGUCACUCCUCUCACCUCCAUGGUGGUCACCAAGCCUGAAGAAGGCGAUGAACCAGACAGCUCUUUCAUCGCUGACAAACUGACCGAGGAGCAAAGACAGCAAGCAGAACGAGGGAGACCAAUGGCAUUCGCACAGGCAGUCCCUGCAUCUAGAAGUUACGCACAGGCGUUGCCGUCUCCAGUGUAUUUGGUGGAUGGGGAUCCCCACUUCGUGAUCGAGCUUCCUGAGAGAAACGACUCUCUGUGCUUCAACAUCAACAACGCACCAGGAACCAUUUUAAACCUGGUCCGAGAUCCAGAAACAGGUGUUUUUGUAAAUGGCCAGAUCAUCGGAGACAAGAAAAUCCCCCCAAAUGGGAAAAUGAACACCUAUUUUUGGCGUUUCGGCAUCAUCCACCAGACUUUGGGGGUCAGGCUGCAGGUGACCACUCAGUAUAUUUCAAUCUUACAGGAUGGCAAAGAGGUCAAGCUGCUGUGGGCAGAUACAGCCUCUCUUAAAGGACCCAAUGUGGAUAUUCAUGUCACCAAAGAUCGCAGCCUGACCGUAACACUGAAGGGCUCAGUGAAGUUUGUGAUCCUGCUGCACAAAGUGUGGAAGAACCACCCAUACCACCGGGACUACCUUGGUUUCUACACCCUGGAUACCCACCUUCUGUCACCUUCUGUGCAUGGCUUGCUAGGUCAGUUUUACCACGGGAUUGAGUAUGAGGUGACAGGCUUACGUCCUGGAGAAUCCCCAGAGAAACCAGACGCCACCAUGUUUGCAAAAGGACAAGAGCUCAAUGUAACCAGAGGCUGGCAGAGAGACUUCAGGAGGGACAUAAAGAACGGCGAAAAUGUGCCCUGCUGGUUCAUCCACAAUAAUGGAUCAGGCCUCAUCGACGGAGUUGAAACAGAUUACAUUGUGUCAGGCCUUUUUACAACUGUUUGAAAGCAAUUAGCACAACAAUGCGAAUACUAAUUUGAUCAAAAUCAAAAUCAUAAAAACAAAGAAAUUCAGCAUGACACUCAAGCAAAGGAAAACCGGCUUUUAAAAAAUGUGGUGUACGAUUUCUAUUAUUAGAAACACUCAAAACAUCAGCUGGGUUAGGAUUUUAAUUAUUUUUUGAGCUUUGGACAGAUUCAGGUCUCUGUUGAUUAAACACAACAGGAAUAAAAUAUGGAUUUGUAUUCAGGAUACUAAGUUACAUUUUCAAUAGCAAUAAUGAGCUCUAGCAACAAAUGUUUAAUAUUAAGGCUGUCAAAGAGUGGUUCGAACAUUUGAACUGGCAAUAUUUCUUUUAAAAUGAAUCAAUUAAAACAUUUUUAUUCUGUAAAAACAACCAGAUUAUUAAAACACACAACAACAUAAGUUUAGAUAAGAGUUUCAUAAUGUGCACUACAGGUCGCUUUGCCUCUUUAUACCAAAAUAACACUAAGCAAUGUCCUACUGAUAAAUAAUAGUUACCAGAAUCAAAUAAGUAAAACCAAAGUGCAAAGAAAUACUGGCAGGCACCAUAAAUGUCUCUUUUUAACAGCUAAGAAAGUCAGACAUGAGCACUCAUAAACAUGAACUUUAACUUUGCAUUGUCUCUGUGCUUAGCAACUUUUUCAGAUCCCUCUAGUAACUCUUUUUCAAAAACGACCAGCAACUUUUUCUUGCAGCAUUGAAUACCCGUGAAAGCAUGCAUCAUUUUAACUCUUCUUCAUGGAGCAGUACUUGCUGCCAUGGGCUCUUCCCCCUAUCAUAUAACACGCAAAGGCAGCCAAGUUCACUCACAGAGGCCAUUUAAGCUGUAAUCAGAGGCGACACCUCCCUACGGCCAUAAUGCCAACGAAGCUGCCAUGCACAACGCGGCAGCCUACCAAUCACAAUAUGGUCAGUGUGGAAUGUAAAGAUAACAUUUUCUUUGUCUAAAAUAAGUCCCUGUGCUAGGAUAAAACACAUUUCUAGAGUCUGGGUGUUGCUUGGUCUAUUUAGACUGGUGAUGCAGACUGUAUGCGGGAACAAAUGGUUAAAUCAUUAAAUUAUUUAGUGGGACUUCCUGUAGG